CUUUGAUAAGGAUUAGUCAAUAACUCUAAUGGUGUAGUCCGUUCUCCAUUAAGAUAAAUUGCCUCCAUCGAUGAUAUAUUCCUUGUAGGGAUUCAAUUAACUCCAGUUUCUCGGUUAUUGAAAAGAAAUGAAUGGGAAUGGUUUAUUACUGGAACAAAACAUUUAAAGAACAACACAUAAAGGCAUUCAGAUCAUCAUAAAUUGUGUAAUCCUGUAAUUCAAAAAAAAAAAAAAAAAAAAUUUGAAAAUUGACAAAUUCAGCAGAUAACGUUCGAAAAUCAACCACGAUUAUAACAAUGCCACGCGUUCAUCCGAACGAAAAGAAAGACGAGAAAAGUAAACGAUUCAGGCUAAAAUCGAAGUCUUCUGAGUCAAAGGAAGAAAGUUCGGAGUCGGAAGAAAGUUUAUACAACUCUUGGAAAAAUAAACUGAAGAGACUCAAACGAAACAGAAGAAUAAACAAGACUGAAAAAGAUAAUCAGCUCCAAACAGCGGAAAAAUCAAAACCUAAUGGAAGUAAUCCUAUUAAAGGCAAUGUAAAGACUAAAUCGAGGAAAAAAAAUAAAGAAAAUGGAGAAGUUGACUGGGAAAGUAAAACACCAUUUGUUUUUACCUUUUCCCCAAACAGUUUCCCACCGAUUGCAGAAGCAGAAGAAACGUUCUUUAUUGAGGACAAUAUUCAAGAGAAAGACAAACACAAACAGUCAGACGUUUCAAAUCCUGCAUAUGAGGACGAAACAAUUGAAACGGAUAGACCACCACCUGUUCCUCCACGAAAAAGAGUGUCAGAUGUUGAUCCAAAGUUAAAACGCCAUUCCGCACCACCUUCGCCUUCGUGGAAUACACAACAGGUAUAUCCUGUAAACGGUGGUUCUUCACGAGCACCUUCUAAACGCAAACGGGACAGUUUUCAAAAGAAAAAGUACGAAUAUACACGGAGAACAAGAGCGCACAGUUCUUCUUCAUCGUGUUGCUCAAUUGAGGAUUGCAAUGACAAUCAACAUACGUUUGAUGAAGAAACUAGUAGCAGAUCAGGUUCACGGACACCAGAUCCGGAACAUUAUAAUAGGGAUAUAUUACUAAAAUCUGCCGAAUUGUUUGCGCAACCAAUGCAAAAAAUGACACCGUCAAAACCAUCACUUAAAUAUUCACCUAGUUCAUUAUCAUGGCCGGAAAUGGAAAGUGCAAAUCAUUUAGAAUCAAUUGACAAACUACGGAGUCUAGAUAUGAUAUUCAAAAACAGACGGUCACCAACUUCACCGUUGGACAACCGAAAAAUGGAAUUUACUAUAGGGCAUAAACCAAUACAAUCAAAUUCAGUUGAUUCUAGUCCUGCUCAAAUUCAACGGGACAAGACAAAACUAUUGAGACAGCGGCCACAUUCGUUUGGCCUUUACGGACAACAGAGUCAUGAUGGAAAUAUGUUGCUAGAUUUACGAAAUGCUUUAAAACAACAAAAGAAAUCAGAAUACAUUAAAACAAAACGAAAACCGCUAAUGGUGCAUGAAGAUCCUGGUUCGGUGUCUGAUCUUGAAUGUAUUAUGGAAAAUACCAAAGAUCGCAAUUCGUUUGACGUUUCAAGAGAGAAUAGUUUGGUAUCUGAAGAGGAGGUAGCUAGUAUCUGUAAAGACUUAUGUAGAUUAACUGUUCACAACCAAACAGAAAAUGGAUACGUGAAAGUAUUACCCUCGCCACGUGUUUCUCCAGAUAUAUUUAGUUCUGUCCCAGGUGUCAUAGUAACAUCCGAUUCAGAGGAUACAUCCGAUUCUCAAAAGGGAAAAUCAAAUAGUCCACAUCGAACACACAAUUUCCUGUCGGUACCGAGAAAGAUCAAAAGAAGUCGAAGCUCUGGUAGCGUGACAAGUGGGUCGGACGAGAGCGAUAGUGAAGUAUCACCACCUUUAUCCAGACGAGGUCGAAGAGCUGCAAUCGUGGAUACUAAGAAUUUUGGAGAUGUUUCUCCGUCGAAUUUGUCACCUGAAUUAUCACCUAGUAAUUCGUGUGAUGAAGGAGAAACAGCGAGUAACCUGACAUCACGCUUGCGGAGAAGGCGAAGUUCAGUCGAGUUGGCAAUGAACAUCUACCCCGGUGAUCUUUUAGUUCAGGAACACCAUAAACGAUUACUCAAGCGCAAUACAGUAGCUGAUUUCAAUACCUUACGGAACGGUUCUAGUCAAAGUAUCAGCGAUGAUGGCAAGAAAGGGCGACAGUCUUUUUCUUUACUGAAACUUAUGAGAUCAAGAAGUAAAGAAGCCAUUGCAAAACUUGAAGAUCUCUUGAGUGUCUUAAAGCCUUCAGAAUUUAAAGAUAAUCACCUCUUGGCAUAUAAGAAUUUACAUUGGUCAGAUCUGAUAGCCUGCUCAGAUAAGCAACCAGACCACAACGAACAAGUUAUAGGGAUAGAAAGGAAAAGAAGGGAAGCCGUUUGGGAAUUGUUUAAAAGUGAAUGUGUAUUCCUCAUAGACCAUCUCAUGGUGAUUAAACAUUGCUUUAUGGAACCACUGAAGAAGGUCCAAGUAGAAGGACAUCUUAUGUAUGCUGAACCACAAGACAUUUUUGGAAAUCUUGAUGAGAUAUGUUAUGUGAGUUAUACGUUCUGUAAAGACUUCAUUGCAGUUUUAUUGAAAGAUAUGAGUUCGUCAGGAUUUGGAAGUACCCGAGCAUUGCUGAAAGCUUUCGACAGGUUCAUAACACAUUCAAAAGACGGUGGAGUGUACCACACUUACUGCCUUAAUUAUACAAACGCUCUCACGUAUAUAGAUAAACUCAGGUGUCGUGAUGAUUUUGCAGAAUUUGAGAAGUGGUGCGAGCAAGACCCGCGCUGUAAACGAUUACAACUUGCUGAUCUUUUAGUGGCGCCAAUGCAACAUGUAACCAAGUUCCCCCUGUUAUUGGCAAACAUUCGGAAGUAUACAGAGAAUGAAGAUGAAGUUACAAUGUUAGCAGAUACGAUUGAUAAAAUGGGUUCCUCAUUACAGCAAAUGGAAGACAAAAUGCGAUUGGCAAAGAAUUAUGAACGGUUGCAAGAAAUCCAGAGACAAUUGGUAUGGCCACCGGUGACCGAUUUUGACCACAGAAUUUUUAUUCCAGAGUAUCUGAAAACAACACUUUUACGACAACCAUGUGAGAAAUUAUUAUGUUGUCCAACCAGGCAGUUGAUUCACGAAGGGCCAUUAACUCUUGUUGAGACAACUAAAUCAACAGAUGUGUAUUUGUUUUUAUUUGAUGAUAUAUUGUUAAUAACCAGAAGUAAAAAAGGAACCAGAAAAAAACAGUCAAUUAAUGAACCAAACCUCAUAAAGCUACAAUCCUCUAGUCAGUCGGAUAAAAUACAAUACACUGUACAUCGACAACCAAUUGCUCUGGACCGAUUGAGUGUCCAUGAUGUCUCCCAAUCGGAGGCUGCAGCAAACGGAAUAAAAUGUGCCUUUGUAAUCGUACAGAUUAGCAGAUUUCAACAGAUAAUUGGCGUUUAUACAAUGAGCUGUCCAAGUGAUGCCUCAAAGAAUGCAUGGUUAGAAAAACUAGCGCAGGCGAGAGGACAGUAUUCAACAGAGGAUUUUAGUAGCAGCAGUGGUAACACAUUUAAAGACAAUGAUUUGUCAUCAAUGAACGCAAUAGAAAGAUCUAUAUCACAUCCAUCUACUUCACCCGGCAGACAUCAAAGACAUAUUGUAUUGCAUAAUCAUCACAAUAAAUCAAAUUCUGUAGAUUCUGUAUACAUUUAAAUCUUCCUAUGGAAGACGUUUCCAUUCCUUAUAUUUUUGUACCUAUAAGUGCUGUUAUAUUGACUGUAAAGAUGUGUUAAGAAUUGUAUAUUCUAUUAUACUACAGAAGAUAUAAUAUUUUAAAAUAUAUAAUUCGAUGUAAAUUAAUAUAUACUGCUAAUAUCCCAAUAUUAUAUAUUCUAAAAGUAAUUAAUUAAGAAUUACAAUAUAAACGUUUUAUAAAUGUUAGAGACUUCAAGUAAAGUUGUUAAAAAAUUUUUACA